UGUGUCAGAAAAGCCCUUCUCAAUGUCAGAGCGCAAUAUAAGAACAAAGCAAAGAAGAGCAGCUUCACUCCUCACAUGUAAGUAGUACCCAUCAACACUGUCUCGCCGGAAUCAGACGUUUCUCGCCGGGAACCGCUGAGUUAGACGCAGUUUAUUGGGAAGCUGACUCAAUAUGGAUGUUGAUUUCUGGCCCUCGAGAGUUCGCGCCGCUAAGCAUCUCUCUGCUGUGCAAGCUGCCAGAUACGACUCCGAUAAUCAUUUGGUAAUUGAUGAUUCAGACGGGGAUGAGGAUGCGAGAGCUUACUUUCUAUGUCCCUUCUGCUAUGUAGACAUUGAAGUCCAUUUGCUUUGCAGCCAUCUGCAGGAUGAACACUGCUUUGACUUAAAAAAUGCAGUGUGUCCACUUUGUGCAGCAAAUCUAGGGAAAGAUGUGAUUGGGCAUUUCAUAGUACAACAUGCAAGUUCACUGAAGCGAAGGAGAAAACCUCUAAAAUCUGGUCUCUGGACUGGUAGUUCAGCUAUGAUUGGCAAGGAACUUAGCUUAUUUCUUGGAACUUCAACAAAUGGUAGAUUAAACUCAAAUGAAUCUGCACCAGAUCCACUUCUCUCACCAUUUCUUGGUAUUGUAUCCCAUUCACACCCUAAAGGAAGCCAGCAAGAUGAAUCUUCCAAUAGAAGUGCCUAUUCAGAAAGGAGUGAGAUAUCUUCACUUGAUGGAGGUGAUGAGGAGGGCUCUGAAGAGAGAAGGCAGAAAGCCGAAUUUGUUCAACAUUUGGUUGCCUCAACCAUCUUCUAGAGCUUUGUUAUCAUCUCAGGGUGUUGAAGCUUUCCACAUAUGAUGCAAAGGGCUGCAUCACUCUUCGUUCACUACCUAUCACAGACACUGGGGUUUUUAGUACUGGUGCAUGAUUUUAGGAAAGCCAAAUAGUCUCCAUGUUAGGUAUCUUCCUGGAGUGGGAGGCGAAUGGCUAAUAAGUUUGCAAUUGAAUUUGAACACAUCUUGUAUUUAAUGUCUCUACAUCAAUGUGGCUCCUUUAAAAACUAUAUUUAUCUAAUGAAUACCUAGUAUAAUACAGAACUCUUCUAUUCUUAAUGCUAAA